GGGCACAUUGACUCCAGAUGAGGCCUCACCAAUGUCGAAUAGAGGGGAAUGAUCACAUCCCUCGAUCUGCUGGAUCGGGGUGCUGGAAUUAGGAGUGCUGGGGUGCUGCAGCACCCUCUGGCUUGAAAUUGUUUCCAUCACAUACAGGGUUUAUAGUUCAGUGGCUUUCAGCAUCCCUCACUAUAAAAAUUGUUCUAAUGCCACUGGCUAGGUUAGGGAAGUGGUGGGAGAUGCGAGUUCUGUUUCCAGCUCUGCAACUGGAUCCCUGGCAAAACGAUAUCUGUUAACAGAUGAUAUUAUACGAUUGCAAGAAUUUCAGCAGAAGAAGGUAGCAACUGAACAUCAAAUUUAUGGCAAUAAAGAUUCAUAUUUUAGAAGUAUUGAAGAAAAAUUGAAGAAAAAUGGAAUAAUCCUCAAAGGUGAAUUAAAAACACUGUUGCAUUUGUGCCAGACACCAGAUGAUGUGGAAAUAGCUAAAAAUGUUAUUUACAGGUACCAUACAGAGAACAGAAAUGUGGCCUUUGGUGAGUUUAAAUUUGGACCCCUUUUUAUGAGGCUAUGUUAUGAGCUGGACCUUGAAGUACCUGCAGUAGAACUCAUCAAAGAUCAGACUCUGCACGGCUUCUUCUCUGAUAGCACAUCAUUCAAUAUUUUGAUGGAUAUGUUGUUUAAAAAAGGUCAUUAUGAAAGUGCCGUGGAAGUGCUGGGAGAAAUGAGAAAACAACAUGUAAAAUUCAUCAAAGACACCUAUUUGCUUGCAUUUGCAAUAUGCUACAAACUGAACAGCCCAGAAUCUUGCAAAAUCUGCACAAAGUUACUUGAAGAGGCUCAUUUAAAAGGAGAUAACAUGCCAAGACGAGCAUACUGCUUUGCUGUAGCGUUUGCUCUGAAACAGAAUGAUGUGGUAAAAGCUCGGUCCUUUUAUUCUCAGAUCAUGAACACAGAGAGCAGACUAUGCAGUAAUCUUAAUAUUCUUGUACAGGCCAAGUCUGGGGCAUUAGAAGACCUUAUGCAGACAUUGGAGGCAGCGUUGGAUACAGGUACUUCACAAUUGGUGAAAAGAGCUGAGUUUUCUGAGCAAGUGCUUGCUACCGUCAGGGAAGAGUUGGAGGAAAACUCUGUUUUUCGUGCCGGCUUAGAAGAUAUCUGUGCCAAGCUGCAAGCAAGAGGACAGGUAACCAAGCUGACUCUGGAUGACAUGCUGUGCCAGACUCCUUAUGGAAAGAAGCGCCAUAUGCAGUUAUUAAAGCAAGAGCAAGUGAGCCGUCGGACUUUCAGACCACUUAAAUCUGCUCUGUUAGCUGAGUAGUUCUCUAUUUGACAGAAAAUUAUACUAACAAUAACAUCACUUUAAAAAAUGUGUGAAUAAGACAUCUCUUCUUCCCCUAUCCUGCAGACAGAUGUUUUAAGCCAUUUGUUUGAAACAAAUGUUGUGUUUUCUGACUGCUAGCCCUGCACGCCCAACCAGGGAUCUGAGAGUCAAGCAGAGUUCUUUCCUUCUUGUGUAGUCCCCCCGGUAAUAAAAGUUACGAGUCCAAGUUAUGAUCUUGGUGAUCUAUGUAUCUCUAUUGCUUUUGGUUGGUUUGGACAUGUUGAAACAAUUGGCCCUAUAAGUGGAAGUUAGUAAAUAAUCCAAUAGACAUACAAGAAAGAACAGAAUCCAACUCAGUCUCCUCUGUGGUGACUUUGCAGAAGUAGCAGGAGUAAAAGCUUAGGCCCUGAUCCUUCAAUAAAAUCCACAUUGGCAGACCCCUGCACCUAUAUGUAGCCUCACUAUAGUCAGUAGGGCUAUAUGCAGAAACAGGACUCUUCCCAUGCAGGAUCAGAGGCAUAGUCAUUCACGUGAGCCAGUAUGACUCUGAAAACAUGUGGGGCACAAGUUGUAUAAAACUGGCAUUGUCUUAUUCAACCAAUCACUUCUUGGUGCAGAAUUCCACUCGCAGCUCUGGCACUACAACACAUUUUAUAGCUGACACACAUCACUCUAUCAACUUGUCUUUUGUUCACUAAGUCUCCUUCUGCUUUGUCCCCUUAGUAUUGUCAUCGUUAGUUACUAUGGAAACAGUGUCAUGGGUAUGGGCUUGGUUUUGUGACCUCCACAAUUGCAGCAUAAAGGAUUUACCUAAUCAUUUGAAGUUCAGACCAUGAUUUGAGAAAUGUAGGAAUCUGCGUGCUGGUUUCAUGACCACAUGCAUGUAGUCAAGAUAAAAUACAACACACACACAUUUGUGUUGGUAUUUACGGUUGGUUCUGGAAGACUUGUUUUGAUGUGCAACAUGUUUAACUUUUUGUUAGAUGUGUAAUUCAUUGGCUUACUGAUUCAGGACAACUUUCUUCUUAUCCUCAGUUGGGAAUUUUCUCAUUAGUUCUAACUCAAUAUGGACACUAAAGAAGCUUAGAAUGUUGUCUUUUGAAAUGCAGAUUCAUACAAUAUUUGUAAAUGUAUUUGAUAAAGACUGCGUUUCAAUGCAGUAAUGGCUAAACAUUAAUUGAAGUUAGACUGAAAGGAGCAGAGUAUUGUAUAUGCACUCAGAAGGAUGCAUUUGACAUUUAGGAGAAAAAUAGCUUAAUGUAAAAUACACUUUUAUGUAUAAUGAAAAAUAGUACGACUUGUCUUUGUUAUAUUACUAAUAUCUCUUCAGUUUUGCUAGAUUACUUUUGCUAAAUCUCCAAAUGUAUGUUUAGUACAAAAAUGUGUGCUCCUUUUAUGGCUGCUGUUCCUAGGUAUGUAUUUCAGUAUUCUGCAAAUCAGCUUUCCUCAUUGGCCGGGCCGCUCUUUCGUGUUUCAAACCAAUCCAAGCCACUGUCCUGUCUGCGACUUGGAAGGUUAUUUUUAAUGUUAUUUUGUGCCAAAAUGGUGCUAAAGUCCACCAUCAGCAUAGGUCGUGGCUGACUAAUCCUCCACCUUUGCUCUUCUUUGGUCUUGCCAGAGUGGAGGAUAAAGCCAACAGGGCAUGGUUAGUCACCAGCUUCCAUCUGCCCAGCCAAGUGUUUCUGUCAGUCUCUCUCUCCCACCCUCCAUUCCCGUUGUAUUGAUUGGGAUGGAGGUGAAUACCAUGACAAUAGCAUGAGGGGCAUUUCUCCACUCUGGUUGUUCCCAUCACUCUAUUGAACAUGGAGGUAUGAACAUAGAGGUAAGAGAUAUGAACAUAGAGGUAAGAGAAAUGAGGACCAGAGGGAGGUCCUCUCUCUGAACCAGGUUACACUCCCUUAUCCUCAGGGGCGGGAGGGAAAAACUGUGACUAUGGUAAUUGAAUCUGGUACUCUUUUGAUAGUAAUUUGUAAAUGAAGCAAAAAUGCGAUGAUCUCACCGGGGUGGAAUAUGGUAAAUGAGAAUGUAUAAAAUGGGAAGCAUGUGUUUCAUAGGAGGGGAGGUGGAAAUUCUCUUUUUCAGAUUACUAGGCCUAGAACAAAGCAAGAAUGAAAAAAUGUUGAGACUAACUCUUGCUGGUACUUUAAAACACAUGUACUUUACCUGUUAGCUAUCUCUUAUAAAUAAAAUCAAACAUACAUCAGUCUAUUAGAUUAAUAAUCUCCUAGCAGUAGAGGCUCUUUUUUCCCCCUUAAGUACGCUAUUAGUCUGUAAUAAGUAUUGAUAGUGUUUUUGAAAGGUUUGAAAAUCAUGGAAAGAAACUUAUAAUGCAAAAACGAGAGAGUCAGUCUUUGAGAAAAGCUCUCCUAGAACUGCUACAUACCACAUCGGCAGCACCACACCCUUCCAAGAAACUGAGGGAAGUGUGGACCUCAUAAACAUGAGCUGGUGUAAUUCAGCACUGUAAUAAAAUUAUAAGGCUUGAUGGUGGCCCCAAAUUGUGUGGUAUAAAGAAUAAAUAACGCCUUAGUGGGAACUAAAGGAGGCAGCCAAAUACAAAUAGUAAGUUCAGAGAAGAAAAAAAAAUAAAGGUAGCUAAAAUUCAGAAUAAGUUGAUACUUGCCAAGAUGUUUACUGUAAUGUUUCUAUAACAGUCUUAAACUGGAAACAUAUUCAUAGGAAGAUAAGAGUACAAGCAAACUCUAUGGUUAUGUUCUUAUGCUUUGUUACAUUCAUGCACAGUUAUGUUUAAAUUAAAUGUAGUCAAGUUCUAAGCAAGUUGCCAGUGGUCUCACAAAUUGUGCAUGUCCUGGAGUUGUGAUAAAAAAAUCUCAGUGUAUUAUAA